AUGGCGAGCGAUUCUCCGGCUCGGAGUCUGGAUGAAAUAGACCUCUCCGCUCUAAGGGACCCUGCAGGAAUAUUUGACCUGGUGGAGUUGGUUGGGAAUGGUACAUAUGGCCAAGUGUAUAAGGGGCGCCAUGUUAAGACAGGACAGCUUGCUGCCAUCAAGGUCAUGGAUGUCACAGGGGAGGAGGAGGAGGAGAUCAAACAGGAGAUCAAUUUGUUGAAGAAAUACUCCCAUCACAGAAACAUUGCUACAUACUAUGGAGCCUUCAUCAAGAAAAACCCCCCAGGUCUGGAUGAUCAGCUAUGGCUGGUGAUGGAGUUCUGUGGAGCUGGCUCCGUGACGGACCUGAUUAAGAACACCAAGGGCAACUCUCUUAAGGAGGAGUGGAUAGCCUACAUCUGCAGAGAAAUGCUCAGAGGUCUAACUCACCUCCACCAACACAAAGUGAUUCACAGAGACAUCAAGGGCCAAAACGUGCUCCUCACAGAGAACGCAGAGGUCAAGUUAGUGGACUUUGGUGUGAGUGCGCAGUUGGACAGGACAGUGGGACGCAGGAACACGUUCAUCGGCACGCCCUAUUGGAUGGCCCCGGAGGUCAUUGCUUGCGACGAGAAUCCGGACGCCACUUAUGACUUUAAGAGUGACCUGUGGUCUUUGGGAAUCACAGCUAUUGAGAUGGCAGAAGGAGCACCACCCCUGUGUGACAUGCACCCAAUGAGGGCCUUGUUUUUAAUCCCCAGAAACCCUGCUCCCCGCCUCAAGUCCAAAAAAUGGACCAAGAAGUUUCAGUCGUUUAUUGAGAGUUGCCUGGUUAAAAACCACGGUCAGAGACCCAGCACGGAGCAGCUUCUCAAACACCCGUUCCUCAGGGAGCUGCCCAAUGAAAGACAGGUUCGGAUCCAGCUCAAAGACCACAUUGACCGCACCAAGAAGAAGAGAGGAGAACGAGAUGAGACAGAGUAUGAAUACAGUGGGAGUGAGGAGGAAGAGGAGGGGAAUGACGUAGGAGAACCCAGUUCCAUCAUCAACAUUCCAGGGGAAUCCACCCUGAGGCGGGACUUCCUGCGUCUUCAGCAGGCCAAUAAGGAACGUUCAGAGGCUCUGCGCAGACAGCAGUUAGAACAACAGCAGAAUGAGGAGCACAUGCGCCAACUACUGGCCGAGAGGCAGAAACGCAUCGAGGAGCAGAAAGAGCAGAGACGGAGACUUGAGGAGCAACAGCGUCGGGAGAGAGAGCUGCGCAAGCAGCAGGAGAGAGAGCAGAGGCGACGCUACGAAGAGAUGGAACAACUUCGUCGGGAAGAGGAGAGGAGACAGGCUGAGAGAGAGCAGGAAUAUAUUCGUCGUCAGUUGGAGGAGGAGCAGAGACAGUUAGAGAUCCUACAACAGCAACUCUUACAAGAACAGGCUCUCCUUCUGGAAUAUAAGCGUAAGCAGUUGGAGGAGCAGCGUCAAGCGGAGAGACUGCAGCGGCAGCUCCAGCAGGAAAGGGCCUACUUGGUCUCUCUCCAGCAGCAACAGCAGCAGCAACAGCAGGACUCAAGGCCUGUUGAGAAAAAACAACUCUACCACUACAAAGAUGCAGUCAACCCCAGUGACAAGCCAGCCUGGGCUAAAGAGGUGGAGGAACGAUCCAAAAUGAACCGUCAGAGUUCUCCAGCCCUGCAGCAUAAAUUGGCAAACCGCAUCUCCGACUCGGCCUUGCCUCCACGCUCUGAGUCCUUCAGUAGUGUGGGAAUCCAGCCUGCCCGGACUCCACCUAUGCAUCGUCCUGUGGAACCACAGAUGGCACACCUGGUGCCCGUGAAGUCCCACAGUCCCUCCAUAUCUGCCUCGCAGUCUCUGCACGAUCAGUCUGCCCAGGGGGUGCCCACCUUCCAGGAUGCACUGGUGCCCCACCGGCCUGAGAUGCCCAGACAGAACUCGGACCCCACAUCUGAGAUGCCCGCUCCACUGCCACGCGUGGUUGGUCGAGAAGAGAAGUUUGAACGGGGUUCCUGGCUUAGGGAGGAGGACCAUCCACCAAAGGUACCUCAGCGAACCACUUCCAUAUCUCCGGCACUAGUAAGGAAGAAUUCCCCUGAAAAUGGAGGGGGAGGAUUAGGACCCAGAACCAACUCACAGAUUAUUAGAGCUAGUAAUCCAGACCUGAGGAAGACAGAGUUGUCUCUAGAUGCAGCUUUGCAUAGGACCAGCAGCAACAGCUCAUCCAGCUCCAGCACUCCCAGUUCUCAGGGAGGCUCUCAACCUGGCUCCAGUGAAAGGAGCCAGCCCAGAGGUUCUGGUAAAACAGAAGGCUCCCCAGUGUCCCAGGAGGCUUCAAAGUCAAAGCAGGAGGAAGGCCGGGAGAUGAGCAGACCCAGCAGACCUGCAGACUUGACAGCACUGGCUAAAGAAUUGCGGGAACUGCGCAUUGACGAGAGUAACAGGCCACCAAUAAAAGUGACAGACUACUCUUCCUCGAGUGAGGACUCUGAGAGCAGUGAGGAUGAUGAUGGCGAGAACGUGGGGCAUGAUGGCACUGUGCCCGUCAGUGACAUCCCAAGAAUAAUGCCCUCUGUGCAGAAGAAUAAUGAACCAUACACUGAAAGCCAUGAAGACUCCUACAAUAACAUCUCUGAGGAUGGUACUCUGGUGAUGAGAGAGACUUCAGGUGAGAGGAAGCGUUCUGGACACGGUGAGAGCAAUGGUUUUGCUGGUCAUGUGAAUCUGCCUGAUCUGGUGCAACAGAGUCAUUCCCCGUCAGGUACCCCCACAGAGGGCCUCGCACGCAUGGACAGAACUGAGCUCAACUCCCUAGAAGAGUUUGGGAUAGGCAGUGGAACAAAAGCCUCUUUCACUCCAUUUGUGGACCCACGUGUGUACCAGACCUCCCCCAGUAAUGAUGAUGAGAGUUCUGCUGCAGCCCUGUUUGCUAAUGAACUACUGCGGCAGGAACAAGCCAAACUGAAUGAAGCACGCAAGAUCUCCGUGGUCAACGUCAACCCCACCAACAUCCGACCUCACAGUGACACUCCAGAGAUCCGUAAAUACAAGAAACGCUUCAACUCAGAGAUACUGUGUGCAGCCCUGUGGGGAGUGAACCUCCUGGUGGGCACUGAGAAUGGACUGAUGCUGCUGGACCGCAGCGGCCAGGGGAAAGUCUACAACCUCAUCACCCGACGCCGCUUCCAGCAGAUGGAUGUCCUGGAAGGCCUUAACGUCCUGGUCACCAUAUCAGGGAAGAAGAAUAAACUCAGAGUCUAUUACCUAUCAUGGCUCAGAAACAGGAUAUUGCACAAUGACCCGGAGGUGGAGAAGAAGCAGGGCUGGAUAACGGUCGGGGAGCUGGAGGGUUGUGUCCACUACAAAGUCGUGAAAUAUGAGCGAAUCAAAUUCCUGGUCAUUGCCCUGAAGAAUUCAGUGGAGAUUUAUGCAUGGGCCCCAAAGCCAUACCAUAAAUUUAUGGCCUUCAAGUCCUUCACUGAGCUGCAGCACAGACCACAGCUAGUGGACCUAACAGUUGAGGAGGGUCAGAGGUUAAAGGUCAUUUACGGCUCUAGUGUGGGAUUUCACGUGAUUGAUGUGGAUUCUGGGAAUCCAUAUGAUAUCUACAUCCCCUCUCAUAUCCAGAGCAGUGUGACACCACAUGCCAUCGUCGUGCUUCCUAAAACUGAUGGCAUGGAGAUGCUGCUGUGUUACGAGGAUGAGGGCGUCUAUGUGAACACCUACGGCAGGAUCACUAAAGACGUGGUGUUGCAGUGGGGAGAAAUGCCCACCUCUGUCGCUUACAUUCACUCCAACCAGAUCAUGGGCUGGGGUGAGAAGGCCAUAGAGAUCCGUUCUGUAGAAACCGGUCAUCUGGAUGGGGUCUUUAUGCACAAAAGAGCUCAAAGACUCAAGUUCCUGUGUGAGAGGAACGACAAGGUGUUCUUUGCUUCAGUGCGUUCAGGUGGAAGCAGUCAAGUAUUCUUCAUGACACUCAACAGGAACUCCAUGAUGAACUGGUGA